ACUGCACCACACCGAGAAAGAGACAGAGACAGGCAGCUAGAUACUUACAAAACGUGAGUAGAGAGUACAGAAACAGUGAGUGGGAUAGAGGGAGAGAAUGUUAGAGAGGGAGACGGCGAGAGAAGACUAGUUUAAUGGAAAGGGAGACGGAGGGAAAUGGUCCGAAGCAAAGAUAGGAAAAUAGGGAGAGAGACAGACGGGAAUACACACACACAGACACAGUGACAGGGAGAGGGUGUCUCCAGCGGUUUCCUGUUGGAUUAACUGGCCACGGGAUGGAGAGGCCGGUACCGAGGGCUAGCGGCGGCCGCUGAGAUCUCCUUCUCCCCGGGAGAUGGAGCCCAGGACAUUCCUGAUGGUGAUGGCAGUCUGGCUGCGCUCCGGAUUCGCCUCCAAACUCCUGAGCGGUCAGAAUGUGUGUCGCAGGGGGGUUGAGCGCCCCUGUUAUCAAAUCGCCUAUUUCCAGGAUGCCUCACUCAGACUGGGCUUUGAAGAGGCACAGAGUGAGUGCCAACGUGACGGGGGAAACCUCCUGAGCAUUGAGACGGCGAAUGAGCAGCGUUUUGUGGAAAAGUUGAUUGAAAACUUGUCUGCAGGCGAUGGUGAUUUCUGGAUUGGACUCUGGCGGAGAGUGAACGGGAAUGAGAGCUCUGCAGACUGCCCUGACCUCUACCAGUGGAUUGAUGGCAGUGACACUGGGUUUCGUAACUGGUAUGUGGAUGAGCCAUCGUGUGGCAGUGAGGGGUGUGUGGUGAUGUAUCACCAACCAUCUGCCUCCUCAGGUAUGGGAGGCCCCUAUCUUUACCAAUGGAACGAUGAUCGAUGCAACAUGAAGAACAACUUCAUCUGCAAGUAUGCUCCAGUUCCAGAUUCCUUGACUCCAGGGUCAAUUCCAACUCCCAUUGAUGGGCACAGCUCAGAAGAGGACAACACCCUGAACAUCCUCUACAUUAUUAUUCCGACAAUCCCAGUGCUCAUCCUCCUGCUGGUGCUCAGUGCCAUCUUCUGUCUCCGUCUCGUGAGAAGGAGGAAAGAGAGAUGUGAGACGAUCGUGAAGGAACAACAUUUCUGGAUGGAAUCUGUCAGAAGCAACUCUCCAAAGUUGGAGAUAUAUAAUGUCAUCAUGAAGCAGUCAGAGGCUGAUUUAACCGGAACCCGACCUCACAUAAAGAACAUUUCUUUCCGAAGCUCUGCUCCCAACCAGGAACUAGACAAUGUUUCCAGAGAAUAUGACAACAUUGGCACCAAUUGUUCCACAAGUGGUUUUGUGACAAAUGAGAUUUAUGAACCUUAUAGUCAUCAAGUGAAAAAAUGUGGAGAAUCUGGCUGGGUGGAAAAUGAGAUCUAUGGUUACUAGGAGCAUCCAAUGUCGAGUUAAUUCUUUCUGAAACUCUAACCGAGAGAUGAAGAGUUCGUUCCUCCCUGCUGAGACGCUCCUUCUCCUGCUGGAGAAAGGGGUCCACUUCCAGCAUGCAGAGGAAAUGCACCCUUUAAUGUCAGUGAGAGAGACCCAUCUGUGAAAGUAGGAACUGAAGCCAUCAUCACAGAACCAGGAACCUGAACAAAGCUUCAGUGAGUUGGGAAAGUAUGGUUCCCUUCUCUUAUAGUCUUCCUCGUGUUACCCCGUCUUAUAGUUCCCUUUUCAAUACAAGGACAGUCUGUAUCAAGCAUCUGUCCACAAAAUAUCUGACAUUAAACACAAGCUGCACAAUCUAAG